AUGGUCUGCAAGGUGUGCCAUGGAAUGCUUUUCUCGCACACAGGGCGUCGUGCCUCUGGCUCACAGCUGGAGCUGAGUUUCUGGCACCACCAAACGGCAGAAAAUGUCAAAGGUGCGGCGGAUGCGGACUGCUAUAUCUGUCGUGUCAUCGACGAGAAAUUGGGAGAUCUCGACAUCAGCCCUCCGGUCGGCCCAGACAGGAAUUGGUACCUCUGUGCGUUGUUGCAACGGUUUCCUCGCUAUGGUGGAGUUUAUCGUCUGGACAUCGAGCUCGAACAGUCCAAGGCGACGAAGACGACGAUCGCGAGCUUCGUCCUAAAACAGAAUGACGCUGCUAUGCCGAGUCAUCUCCAAAACACCCCUAGAAGUCCAAUCACAUCUGAUGCCGGGGUCUUCGAUUUGGCCAGAGAAUGGGUCGAAGUGUGCGAAAGAACCCAUGACAAAUGCAGGAACGCUUUCAACACGGAGUGGUAUCCGACACGACUGAUAGAUCUGCGAGCCAUGCCUGAGCCUGAGAAGGAAAUGGUACGACUGGUGUCACAAAAGGAUGCCGAGAAACAGGACGACCAACCACCCUUUGAAGGCAGAUACGUUACUCUGAGCCAUCGAUGGGGACGGGGGGAGAUUCCCAAGCUCCGACAGCAUAAUCGUUCCCAGUUUCAAACCGCCAUACCGUUGAGCAGUCUCUCCACGACGUUCCAGCAGGCAAUUCAGUGUGCCCGGGAGCUUGGUGUGCGGUGGAUAUGGAUCGACGCCCUCUGCAUCAUCCAAGGCGACGAGCAGGACUGGCUGUUUGAGAGUGCGCAGAUGGACAAAGUAUAUGCUUUCAGCUACUGCAACAUCUCAGCCACUGCAGCCAUGGACGGCUCGGGCGGGCUCUUUAACCAGCGCGAUCCCCAGCGGAAAUGGUUCGAUACCGUGAGCCUUGAAACACAAUACCUCUCUGGAGACCAGCCGAAGGUGGUUGAGUGUACCAUUUCCGACUUGCUAUUCUGGGAUGAAUAUGUUGACAAUGCCCCGGUCAACACGCGGUCAUGGGUAUUCCAGGAACGACUCCUGGCACCGAGAGUGCUGCAUUGGUGUAAGGAUCAAAUUGCCUUCGAAUGCCGUGAGUUGGACCGCGCGGAAUGCCGCCCAGAAGGUCUCCCGCAUCUUCAGAUGAAGGCUGGUCUGCUCAUUGACCAAGCUCGCUUGAAGGCCAUGGACAGGGAGACUGGCAGGCGACUUCGUGAGCUGCGGCUGGCGGCUUCGCACAGUGCCUUCCGUUCCUCGGGACUCAAGUGGAUGGUGGAGGCCGUCGACCCAAAGCUGUACCUGUAUGAGGUCUGGAAACGGAUGGUUGAGGUCUACACGAAGAUGAAACUGACCGAUGAAAGAGACCGCCUCAUUGCACUCUCCGGUAUUGCCAGGAUGAUGACGCGAAUCUUGAGGCUGGAUGGGAGCGAGGACCAAUAUCUCGCGGGCAUGUGGCAGAAUUACCUCGCCAGCCAGUUACUGUGGUAUGUCAAUGACGAUGAGGAGGAAGGGACGACGUUACAGCCACUGCAGAACACUCGACCACAGCGGUAUCGUGCUCCCAGCUUCUCCUGGGCUUCGGUCGAGACCUCGCGCGGUGUCACGUUUCCAGAGACCACGGACGAGGGCAUUCUGGUCGAGGUCCAGGUGGUCAGACUGACCUAUCGCACCGAGGAUGACAUGUUUGGCAUUCUCACUGACGGCUAUCUUGUUCUGAAGGGUGUGCUAAGGAGGAUUGAGCUGACCGAUGCCGAGCAGGAUCGGUACUCGUCGACUUCGACGCGCGGCAUGACCCAGUGGCAAUGGUAUUCUCCAACCAGCACAUUCCUUGCCGUUACCGUCGUCAGCCUGUCGAUAUUGCUGACGCUGCUGACUCUAAGGAUACUCACCUGGCCAAGACACAAGCUGCUUAUAACACUCCUCCUAGCUUCCUCUCUUCCAGGUCCUCUGCACUGUCUCACGCAGGGCUUGUACAGACACAAGCACCAGGAGCCCGAGCGGGAAGACCUACCGGUGCGCUACAGCUGGCGUCUGAUGCAUAAGGGUGAGCCGAUCGGCAACUCGCAUUCCAUCGUAUACUUGGACAGUCCUGCCAGUGAGCCUUCGGUAUUCGGCCCUGACGCACAAGUCUUUUGUUUACCAGUCUCUCAAGACGACCGAUAUCUGAAUUGCCUUCUCGUCCAGGCGACCGAUGGAGACCACGGGAUCAGAUACAAACGAGUCGGGUUGACCAAGAUCUUGAAUUUGUUCGAUGAGGAUGUCGAGGCCAUCAAAGAGCCUCCGACCAGCAAAAAGGACAAAGCGCUGGGUAGGUAUUACUGGGGUCCAAACGCGCGUUUCCGAGGCGAGAGCCACAUCUGCAUUAUCUGA